ACUGAGAAAAAAACAAUAAAAAGGUGAGAAAAAACAAUAGAAAGGUGAAAAAGAAGCAACAAAGUGAUUAGAAAAAAGAUGCAAAAGUCUACCCUGCACAGCGCCACCAGUAGAAGCAAAGAGAAAAAGUACUAGAUGGUAUAAAUAGAGGGCUGUGGAAUAAAAGAAAGGUUUGCUGAGAUAAAUUUAUAAAGCUAAAACUACCAGAAAGUAUGAAAGGAAACGUUUUAGAGGCUAAUCAAUUAGGCACCAGCAGAAGCUCAGUAGGGCAGUCUCCAAGGACAAAGAAUCCUGCUCCAUUCUUGUUGAAGACAUUUGAUUUGGUCGAACAAGGGGAUGGAGAUGAAGAAGAAUAUGGUAAACAGAAGAUUGUUUCAUGGAAUGGUGAUGGAACUGGACUUAUAGUAUGGUCUCCGGCCGAGUUCUCGGAGCUCAUGCUGCCCAGAUUCUUCAAGCACAACAAUUUUUCGAGCUUCAUUCGGCAGCUUAAUACUUAUGGAUUCAAGAAAACGUCCCCCAAGCGAUGGGAAUUUAAGCACGAGAAGUUUCAGAAAGGUUGCAGGCAUAUGCUAAUGGAGAUUACUAGAAAGAAAAGUGAUCCCAGUGUGUAUCCAGCUUACCUCAAGGCUUCUGGUGAAGGGAUCAACGUUAAUGCAGAAGCCGUCAUGGAGGAGAACGAGAAUUUGAGGAAGCAAAAGCUGCAACUGCAGACGCAAAUUGCUCAAUUCAAAGCACUGGAAAUUAAGUUGUUGGAUUGCCUGGCACAACACGUGGGAGCCCAAGAGAACAAAGUCAGGAGGCUGUGUUAAGUGCUUAAUAAAUCAGUGUAAUAUUUUGAGAAUGAAGAGGCAAUUAAUAUGAUGCAGCUUGUUUAGGGAGUUAAUGAAUUCUCAGUUUCUUUUGCCUGCAAUGAGUCAUUUGGUUCAA